UUUUGUUUUUUGACGCAUCAAGCCCUUCCUCAGUUUUUAUUGGUUGCUUUUGCAUCUGCGUUGUCCGGAUGGUUCAGUUCCGGGUUAACUGAAAAAUCUCUUUUUUUUCUCUAUUUUUACGUGAAAGAACGGAAAGACGGUUUUUGAUUUGUGUGCGCGGAAUCAAAGUUCUUCUUGAUGAUUCUCCGCUCGACAUUUUCUUUCCCAUAGAAAAUACCAUUAGCGCUACCAGAAAGUUUAGAUUGUUUAAACAGCGCUUUUAGCAUUAGAUGAUAGGAAUCAGACGAGAAAUAAUCCAAUGACGAAGUAUUACUCAGCGCUCAGAGAAUCAUGCAUUUCAAACCCGGCUUCUCAUGAGGAAAACCCCAAACCGGAUGGAUCGGGAAAUAAUUUUCUUCAGGGAUUUGUGGCCUCAUCUAUGAAGAUAAGGAGUUUCAACAGCAGAUCAUGGACACAGAUACACCGCAGUGGAAAAUCUCAAACUUUGGCAUUUGAUAAAUUCACCCUGAUGAAACGUUGCCAGAUACCUGCUCGAGAUCUAAGGCUCUUAGAUCCCUUGUUUGUCUACCCGUCGACGAUUCUCGGCCGAGAGAAAGCCAUUGUUGUCAGCUUGGAGCAAAUUAGAUGCAUAAUCAUGGCUGAUGAGGUUCUGCUUAUGAAUGGUUUGGAUAACAGCGUGCUCUACUAUGAAUCAGAACUGCGACAAAGACUUCAGGCCACCAAAGAUCAAAAUAAUGAGCAAAAUAACCUGCCUUUUGAAUUCGUGGCUUUGGAACUUGCUCUUGAGUUGGCUUCUGCAUCGCUUGAAUCACAGGUCGCUGAACUUGAAUUUGAGAUGUAUCCUGUACUUGAUGAGCUAGCAGUCACAAUUAGCACAAUAAAUCUUGAGCGUGUUCGAAGGCUCAAAAGUCAUCUUCUUGCCUUAACCCACAAAGUUCAGAAGGUUCGUGAUGAAAUUGAAAAUCUCAUGGAUGAUGAUGAUGACAUGGCUGAGAUGUAUCUAACUCUGAAGGAGGAGAGAAUGGAAGCAUUUCAGUCCAUUGGAAAUCCUCAUUCUGGCAACAUCUCAAAGUCUGCUCCAGUCUCACCAACAUGCUCCAGUAGUAUAAUGAGCACAAUAAGGAAUGAGAGCUCCAGGAGUUCACUGAACGAUGGUAGCAAUGUUGAAGAAUUGGAGAUGCUUUUGGAAGCAUAUUUUGUUGUCACAGAUAAUACACUAGCCAAAUUAUUAUCACUGAAAGAAUAUAUUGAUGAUACUGAGGAUUUUAUCAACAUCAAACUGGACAAUAUUCGAAAUCAGCUGAUUCAAAUUGAGUUACUGCUCACUGCAGCCACCUUUGUUGUUACUAUUUUUGCAGUUGUUACAGGUGUAUUUGGGAUGAAUUUUCAGAGUUCAGUGUUUGAUACUCCCUCUAACUUCAACUGGAUCCUUAUAUUGUCCAGUGUUUUCUGUGGGUUCUUAUACUUAUCGUUCCUGCUGUAUGUUAAGCACAAGAGGCUGUUACCGUCAUGAAUUUUUUUUGUAUUAUUUAGAAUAUGGUGCUUUUGUUUUUAUUUUUAUUUAUUUUUUAUUUUUUUAUUUUUUAUUUGGAUUCGUUGUUGUUCUGUCCAUGUAUGAUUCAUAGUUGUCUGUAAAAUAUUAUUUAUGUUGAAAAAAUGUAUUCGUUUUUCUCAA